AGGCAUAUCGGAACAUAAACUACGAACCAUCAGCGAGCGGUCUUUCUCCCAGACAAGGGUGACUCACUCUGAUCACUUACGUUCUCUUUAUCAGUGACAUCCUCAAAGCCUUGUCGGUCGCCGAUGCGCUUGAGCUCAGCAAUCUCGUCCGGACUCCUCCUUGCCAGCUCCCUGUUGCGUUUUUUGUUCUCCGCCACGCACAUGAGACGCAGUAUCUGUGCGAGAAUGAGCGCGAGGACAAAGCUGCACAGCAUGGAGAUGAUGCCGCUCUGGUAGACGGGUGCCUCUGAGCUUUUGAAAAAAUGCGGCCCGGCGAUAUUGCCGACGCCGAAGGACACAAAGGACCAGCCAAGCGCCACGGAACGUUUGGUGCUGCCGGCGAUGUUUGUGCCCAGCAGCCCAAGAGCGAUGGUGAAGACCACCAGGUGAAAUCCGAGGACCCAGAAGCCUGUCACGCGGCCCCAUUUGUUCUCGGUUGGCAGCUGUGAAAUGAGAAUCGUGCCGGCGAUCUGGGAGGAUUAUGAUUUAGUCUGGGACUUGGGCUGUUUGCAAAAUGACCGCUUUCAGUCCUGCCUGCCGAUUUGAACUCACUGGCGGCAACAUGGCUAGGCUGGCAACAUGCAGCCGGGAGUUGGGGAUUUUUGAUGUUAGCAGCCCACAGCCCAACUGUGAGAUGACCUGGACGGCCGUGUACGGCAGCAUCAUGAGCGUCGUCUGUAGGGGGUCAAACCCGAAGCCAGAGAUGAUGAGGGGUCCAAAGGAGAAGCCUCCCGCUGCGGUGGCGAUAACGAACUGCAGCAACCCAAGGACGAUGACCUUGGGGCCCGUGAGUGCCUCGACGACCUGCGCCUUGACGAAUCUCCUGCUCUUGGUCCCCAUCCUGUUCUCGAUCACCCGCUGGACCGCCACCACCUUUUCGUCCGCGCUCAGCCACCUCACCUGCGCCGGGCCGUCGGGCACAAAGAACAGGAAGACGAAUCCCCACAUUACGGUGACGGACCCCAGAAUCAGGAAGAUGUACCGCCACGAGGACAGGCUACCGUGGAUGUGGCCGAUGCCGAAAAUGGCAAGCGACCCGACAAAGCCGCCCACGCCGAGAAAAGAUAGCCACAGCGCCGACCUGCCGGCCUGCUCGCGGCGCGUCCACCAUAUGCUGGUCAUGGCCACAAAGCCCGGCGUGAUGGUUGCUUCGGCCAUUCUGAGUACGAAUCUCGCCGCGGCAAGUCCGACAAAGGACGAGCUGGCUGCUGUUGCCAUCAAAGCGAACCCCCAGAUGACGAUGCUGUAUCCUAGGAACUUGGCGAUUGGGAAUCUCUGCAUGAUAACCAUGCCCGGAUAUCUAAUUGAUAGACGUUGCGUGAGUAACACGAGGCUAUACCUCGGCCAUGUUUGUUUUUGACAAAAAGGGUCGGGUCUCACUGGGCAAGCAUGAAGCCAAAGAAGAAGAUUGAUGAUGCCCAAGAAUAAUCCUGGCCAGUCAGAUGGGUGUCUUGGAUGAUUCCAUAGACAGAGCUGUACGACAGCGAUGCUUUGUCCAUAAACUGCAGGGAGUAUGUGAUGCAGAGGCACGGGAGGAUGUAAGUAUCGAGCUUUCUCAGGACACGGCGCGACUUCUCGGGGUCCGGGUCUCCGUAGCUAAGCGCUUUUGCAGCGAUGCUCCCCGCCUCGUCUUCGAUGUCGCUGGCGCUGAUAGAUGCUCCAGCAGCUCUGGCCUGGUAUCCGCUGCUCCCUCCCUUGAAGGACUUGGAAGCCGGCCUCGCAGCCUCCGUUGCGGUCUCAUGUUGGUCCUUUUUCUCCAUGGUUGAUGUCCACCUAUUGGGAUGCGAGUCUUGCAGGAUUCACGGAUUGACUAGCACAGCGACAACGCGGCGGCAUAGUGAUCAUUACAUACUGGCCGGUAGCAGCCUGGCCUUCGUUGUAUUCCUGGCCAGAACAUGGAGAUAAUUUGCCGAUCCAACUGACUCAAAAAACGCUCUGGGACUGUCACUCUUGGCGGGCAAACGUCCUGGAUUUCCGAGUUCCACGAUUUAUGCUUUCGCUUCGCUCUCUCCUCUGACUGGACCCCAACGAAGUUCAAUGAACAUAGAAGUUUGGAGGAAUUGCGCGGCCAGCCCAGGCUGAUAGCUAUCAAGCUGCUAGGAAGCCCCGUUGGGAGUUGGCCUUGGCGCUAACCUUGCGCCUUUGCAUGACAUGACACAGGGGACGACAAAUUCAACAGGCACAUUCGGCUAUCACGAGAUGGAGGGUGUCAGGGCACUCUGGAAGUGACCACCCACAGACGGGUGCCCGUGUAACAUCAGCGGGGCAGACACCUCGUCAUUGAGCGACACCACAUCAUCCGAGCUUGAAUCGACAACCACUCGGGAAUGCGCCCGGUCCGUCCCAUUCUCAGCCCUCACUUUCGUGAGAAUUGCAGUCCAGGUCUCCCAUCAGAACAACAGCCCGGCGCUACUGACGACAUGUCUUUGAUUGAGGACGACUACGUCCUGGUCUCUCCGGAAGAUGCCCAUCUCGGAGACGAUGCUGCUGGUCGAGGGCUCAUCGGUGAUGUCAGUCGCUUCAUUGACGGCAUCACUGACGAGCUGUGGCCCAUCAACAAGCAGAUCCACGACACGCCCGAGACUGGAUACAGGGAGUUUGUUGCACACAAGGCCCUGACAAAGUUUAUGGCCUCCAGGCCCGGCUGGAAGGUCACGCCUUCGGCCUACGGCAUGGCCACUGCCUGGGUCGCCGUUUUCGACAGCGGCAAGAAGGGUCCUGUCGUGUCGUUCAAUGCGGAGAUGGAUGCACUCAAAGACAUCGGCCACGCAUGUGGCCAUAACUUGAUAGCGAGCGCCUCGGUAGCAGGAGCCUUGGCCACGGCCGAGAUGAUCACCCGCCGUGAUCUGGGCGGCAAGGUCGUCAUCUUUGGCACGCCUGCGGAAGAAGGUGGCGGAGGCAAGAUCAGGCUACUCGAAGCUGGUGCCUACAAGGACCAUCGCGUCGACGUCAGCUUGAUCGCCCACCCCGGCAAGACUUUCGAUAGCGCCCUGGUCCACACGUCUGCGCUGACUUUUUACAAGGUGGAAUACUUUGGGCGCGAGGCACACGCGGCCGCGAACCCGUGGCUCGGCAUCAACGCCCUCGAUGCCAUGGUGACGGCCUACAACGCCGUGUCCGUCCUGCGGCAGCAAAUCAUGCCUGGGGACGUGAUACAAACAUGCAUCACCAGCGGCGGCCUACGGCCUAAUAUCAUCCACGCCUACACCUCGGCGGAAUGGGUCGUGCGCGCCAGCACGCAGGCGAGGCUCGGUGUUUUGAAAAAGAAAGCUGAGGCUUGCUUCAAGGCCGGGGCGACGGCAACCGGUGCCACUGUCAAAAUCACGGAGCGACGGUCCUACAAAGAUCACAUACCCAACCACGUGCUGGGCGCCUCGUACACGAAGCACUUCAACGCCCUCUCACCCCCGCACCCGAUCCCGACGGACCCGGACGUGGACGAGGCCGCGGGCCGCACCAUGGCUAGCACGGACCAGGGCGACGUCAGCCACGCGCUGCCGAGCCUGCACCCGGGCUUCUCCAUCCACGCCCCCGGCGAGGCCAACGGCCCACACAACCCGCAGUUCGCCGAGUCAGCCGGCACCAGGGACGCCUUUGAGCGGUGCUUACGGUCCGGCAAGGCCCUCGCCGGCACCGCGCUCGACAUCCUCACUGUAGAAGGGAUACUGGACCGGGUCAAGGAGGACUGGAAGAGGAGGGUAAGUGGGUGAGGAAUGUUGGCAAUCAAAUUUGAGUUCCUUGCGGCUUCCAAGCACACUGAACCAGCAACCAGAUUAGAAUAACUAGAUUUGCGAGACAUAUCUGUCCGUGUCUCUAUGACGACACGACGUGUUGGGGGAAUAUGCAGUCAAACGGUUGGAACUUGAGAAAAAAAAAGAAUGUUGUAGGAAGGACGCGCCACGCGUAUAUUCCGGCUUGGGCCGUUGCUUUGGAAAGAGAACAGAAAGUGAAAACUGCAGAAGCAACGGAAAGAUAUCCCAAAAAAAAUACCUCUUGAUGGCUAGGUAAACAUAAAACCUCAUGUUACUCGUAACAAAACCACACGCACGUCUCCUAUGCGACAAGCGCAGCAGCGGCGACAACCGCC